CUCCUCUCAUCCAUUCAUCUUCAUCACAACAACAUGCCAACCCUCUUUGCCAAAGCAACAACAAGACUUAAACCCUCCGUCGCAAAAGCCACCAACUCACCUUCUUCCACACCACUACCUCUCCCUCCCAUCGCCAACACAUUCACCAACGCGCCAAAAUGCCGACCCCCCACCUAACAUCCACCACGCCCCUCCCUCCGAACACGGCAAAAUGGAUCGAAUUCCUCCACCUCACUUACACGGACUCCCGUGGCGUGCCUCGAACGUGGGAAGCAUGCGGACGCAAGACGCGCGGUGCCAGCGGCAUCGACGCCGUCGCCAUCUUUGCCCUGCUCAAAUCAUCACGUGGCAAAGAACCGUCCACCAUCCUCGUCCUCCAAUACCGACCCCCGGUCGACGCGAUCUGUGUGGAGCUCCCUGCUGGACUGAUUGAUAAAGACGAGUCACCUGAGGUGGCAGCACUGAGGGAGUUGAUGGAGGAAACCGGGUUUGAGGGGAAGGUGGUUGGGUGCAGUCCUACGGUGGUGAGUAAUCCGGGGAUGAGCACGGGGAAUAUGCGUGUUGUUACCGUGGAGGUGGAUGUUGAAGGGGAAGGAGAAGUGGAAAUGCCGAAGCAAAUAUUGGAAGAGGGCGAGGAUAUUGAGGUUGUGGUUGUUCCGCUGGGGGAGUUGUAUAAAAGGCUUGUGAAGUAUUCAGAGGAGGGGAAAAAGGUUGAUUCCAGGCUUUGGCAUACGGCUAUGGGGCUAGAGUUAACGAGACAGUUGAAGUAGGUGGUGUAUAGUUCUUGGGAGUGGGCAGUGUGUCAAAGAACUACUCACACUACUCAUACUACUCAUGAAUAUUCGUGAGUAGCGUAAUUCCCAAAAAAUUUGAGUAGAGAAGAGUAUAUACUUAUCAGUAGUUAUUACAUGACUUUAAUAAAAUCAAGGUUUACUUAAUAAUUAUUAAAU